AUGAAUAAGGAGUUUGGGUCUGACAAACGUAUCCUUGAGUUCGGUGACAAAGCCAAUACUUUUUUGCAUUCUUACGGGAACGCUCUUCUGAGCUGUCCUUGUGGCUGUCGUGCUGCACCAUUGAGUUUCAGGAAUCUUCGGCUUCGAGGCCUUAGAGGAUGCUUUGUGCAGUCCCUUGUGCACCACAAUCCUCGCUAUCUCCAUCCCAGAGAGCUUGGACUUUUGCUGGGGAUGCCAGACCGGGUUUCGUACCCUCAUGCCCCUCGUGCCAGUUUGGCACUUUUGGGACUGGUGGCUUCGCCACUACAAAUGGUCUGGAUUUACGCCCAUCUUCGCAACAAUGUGGCGCAGGCCUUGGACUUGGCUGUGUUACCUUCUCCAUUGGAAUGGCUUCGAGCCUAUCAACAUGAACUCCUACGUCAGACUCAGCAUCUCUUCAAGCGGCAUUCCAUGAUCCCACAGAUGAUUCACCUGAAGGACCAUGAUGGCCACGAGUUGGUCAUUGCAAGCCCUACGGCAUGUUCAGUUGCCCAGCUUCUUCAAGCUCAGCGCAUUUGCCUAGAUUGGAAUCACAGUGGUGGAAUUUCUCAGGAUGGUCAUCCGCUUUCCUUGAACACUCUGUUGGACUCCAUGAGUGGACCAUACCAGCUGUCACAUCAAAUGGGACAGGUGAGCAGACCCCAACCACCUGAUACCAUAGCUGUUGGUAUCCGGCAUGAACAAACCUUCCACUUGAUCUUCCUGAACUCUGGCCAGUUUCUCUUUGAAGGCUUGCGACAACUCGACAUCUUGCAUGUCAACUUCUUGGUGCUCCUCGAACAGACUGGAGACACACAAUGGAUUGGUAGUGCCUUCUCCAAAUCCGAUGAUCGGAUUAUCUGCAUCUAUCCCAGUGCUUCCCAUUGGGCGCUUCUUUGGGGACAGCUCCAUGUGGACCAUCUUCAGUGGCUUUAUUGUGAUGGACUUCCCGGACAAGCCACUUUCACUGCCACACGUCUGGCCGCCAUCAUCUCGACUGAGCUCUCCUUGGAUUGGACGAUCCAACCUGGUCACCUAUUUGCACAGCAUGACCAACACACCUGUGGGACCGUGGCUUUGCUCCAUGUCGGUGUUCGUCUUGGACUUUUUGGACUUCCCUCACGUCAGGCCGUCUUGGACUUUCAUGCCUGGCUACAGCACCGACAGGCCCUUGGACUUUUCACUGACCCUUGGAUUUUCGGGUCUGGGCCCAAUCCAUCUGAGUCUCAAGCUGCUUUGGCUGCUCUUUUGGCCACGAAGGGGGUUCCGUCACAAUUGGCUGCUGAUCGUGCGGCUGCUGCCCUCAAGAAGCUUGGACAUGCUGCAGUCCAGACUGCCUUGGGACAAACCAACCCCUGGGCAGCCCUCAAGGCACUUACCACUCGACCUGGCAGCAGUUUCCAGUUUGUUCUGAAGUCGGAGUUGCAGGACUACAUCACCUCCAAAGCCACCUCCAAGCAUGGCACUCUCCUCUCCAGUCAGAAGAAAAAAGACAAGAAGAACACUCGGUCUUCCGCUUCUCCUACUCCGGCUCUUGACCCAACCACAUUGCAGUUGGAUCCAGCUCACUUUGUUGAUGAUGAGGGCGACCAAGUGAGCCAAAUCCAGCUGUCGCAGGUUGUGGCUGAUGCGAGAGGUGUGGCACUCGCAACCUUGACUGAAGCACUUCCUUAUCUCAAAGAGGAACGAUAUAUCAGCACUGAUGCCCUGGGGCUGUUGAUUUUGGAAGAGGUUCCUGCCCAUCUCAAGGGCGUUGCCAGCAUUUCCUCCAUCCGCUUUCCUGUCACCUACCUUCCCACUCAGGAUCCACUGUUGAUUCAAGGUAGUCUUCUUCAGCUUGGGGACCAUCCGGUGGCACGAAAGACCAUCCAGGACCCUGUGAAUAUGAUGGAUCUCACUGACACCAAGGUGCUCAAGAUUCAGAUCUUCCGUGAUGAGCUGACUACUAUGUGGGAUCAAAUUGCGGCAGCGCCCAUUCGACAUCUUUUUCAGUUGGUGCCUUUGUUCAGACUCUGCACUCAAGUCUCUUGCGAUCAUCGUUGCGGCCUUUUCCAUGCGGCUGUGGAAGACAACAUUGACCAAGUAGUGCACGAGAUCUGGGGACGCAGGUUCCAAACCAUUGAAGGACGUGCUCAACCUGCCCAACAGGCUGAACUCUUUUUGGCCUUUUUGAGGAUAGCAUCUUCUGCUUUGGCUGACCUCUUGCGGGUUCUUGUCGAUGGAGUUUACCUGGAGCCCCGUGCUGACAGCACCAAAUCUACUGACACUGACUAUUCAGUCAUUUGGGUUCCAGGUGCCAACCGUGAACUUGCGGUCCAUCGGAUGAAACUCACCACGCAUGGACUUUCACUGGUGAGAAUGAAAAAUCGGUUUGGCAUUCGGGUCUGUGCUGUCCAUGAGGAGGUUACUCACAAAGAAUUACGACCCGGUGAUGUCUAUGUCAAGGUGGAUGUCAACAAGAUCUACCGUUUGCACCCGUUACCUCAUGGACUUCAGCGCCAGCAGGUGGUGCAACUCUUGAGAGAAUGGAAGUGGCAGGCCAAACCAUUGCAGCCUGCCAGAGGUUCCUCUGAAGGUGGAUCAUGGGAAGUGGGAGCCGCAUGUGAGCCACCCAACAAUGUCUUGACCGCCUUCAGUCGAGAUGUCCUCAUCUCUUUGGUCAAGGACAAGAAGGAAGCUGAUCGAGCUCCACUGGUGGUGGGCCCUUCUCGGGCACAGAAGCAUUUGCGUUCUUCCACUUCAGCUGCUGCCUCCUCUUCUGUUCCUUUGACUGGCGAUCCAUGGAUGGCACCUGGCCAUGAUCCUUGGCAAAGUUGGCAUGGCACAUCUCAGACUGCACCGGACAAAGCAGCCAAACGCUAUGAGGUUCUGGCCGAUCAACUAAAGUCAGAACUGAACACCUCUUUGAAGGAGUCGCUGGAUGCCAGACUUCAAGAUGGGCAACAUGGCGCUUCUAUGGAUUCCAAGCGCAUUCACAAAUUGGAGACUGACAUGGAAGAGCUCAAGUCCCAUCAGGCAUCAUAUCAUGCGUGGUUCCAAGAGACUGGCACACGUCUUGCCCGACAGGAUGAACAACUUUCCAGUCUGCGGGGCUCGGUGCAGCAGAAUCACCAAGAUUUACAGGCAGUCCGUGCUGAAGUUCAUACAUCGGCGGACACACUUCAUCAAGCCAUGCAGGCCUCCUUCGGCAACAUGAAGGGUGAUCUGACAGCUGAGAUUUCCAAUGCGGUGUCAACACAAAUGGAUCGCCUGGAAGCUUUGCUUUCCAAGCGCAAAUUUGGACUUUCCAUGUCGUUUCUUCGACAGCUUCUUUGGACUUUCCUUUUCGUUCUUCAACUUUGUCCUUCUUGGGCUUUCGUUUCCAUGGACAAUCCCAUCAUUGACCUCUCAGCUGGGGCUACCUUCUUGGAUCUUGGCUCCACACAUUCUCUGCCUACCUUGCGGUGGGGUGAAGCGCUACAUCCUGGACCGGAGGGAGACUGCCAUCUUUUUGGAUUUUCUAAUCCGUCUGGACUUCGCCAGAAAGAACAUGCUGCGGUGGAUUUGGGACCAGGUGUGUGGUCAUUUUCGGAGACACAGCUCUCAUGGGUCACACAACGUACUUGUGGCCAACAACUUCGACAUCUUGCUGCUGCUCAACAUCGGCAAGUGCGAGUCCACAUGGGAGCACCAGUCGCUACCAGGGCCACUUCUGAAUGGGCUGGUACCUGGUCAGGUGUCAUGACUUUUUCUGAUUUCCCUUCACAGGAAAUCAUGUUGCCAUACACUGGAGAACGGAGUUGUGGCCGGCUCCUCACCACCCGGCAUCUUAUUGGGGCCUGUUCGGUGCUCAAUACAGUGGUCUAUGGAUUUCCUAAAGGACCAACUUGGCCUGAUGCGGCAUCUCUCACUGACCAGCUCCUCCAGAUUGUCACCACUGAAGUGAUCAUGGGAGGCACUGGACCUCGACUGGUAGGUGGGGACUUCAAUGUCGAUGCUCAUGGGCUUCCUGUUUUCGCUCUAUGGCGUCAACUUGGUUGGAUUCCUGCACAGGAACUCGCAGCUCAGCUGUGGCAACAAGAGAUGAAGUUCACCAGCAAGCAUGCGACUGAGCGCGACAUCAUUUGGCUCAGUCCUGAGGCAGUGGCGCUUUGCCGCUUGGUAGAUGUUGCUGACGUUUUUGCUGAGCAUGCCACCAUCACUGUUGGGCUCCAUAUUCCUACGUCCUGUCCUCCUUCUUUGACUUGGACGAGGCCUUCACACAUCCCUUGGUCUGAUGUUGACUCGGGAUGGCAAACUGCGGCACUUACCCCUCAUUGGACUUCUGAGGGUGAUGCAAAUCAGCUUUGGGCGGAAUGGGCGGCUUCUUUUGAAGAUAGCUUGGAUGGGUUUGUCAAGCAUCAGCCUGCCCGCAAAUUGCUGAACAGCCAGAAAGGCCGCCUUAGCCGUACUGGUCCCACCAAAAGACUUCCUUCUGCCAGAGUUCUUCGGCCAAGUCGACCUAGUGAAGUUCAACUUCGCAAUGAUCUGAUUGGCUCAGAAGUUAAACUCUGGUUUCGUCAGCUUCGCAGACUCCAGAGUUAUGUGGCUGCCAUCAAGGCCAACAAACAGACUUGUGAGGCUGUGGCCUAUCGACUGGAGCUUUGGUCGGCCAUCCUUCGGUCACCUGGGUUCCUUGAUGGAUUUCCUCUUUGGUGGCAACUUCAUCGCCUGAUCAGUCUUCCUGACACUCCUGGUUGCCUUCCCUCAGCUCCUCCAACUGUAACUUUGGCAGUUGCCAUUUUCGCUGCCUUCAAGUGCAAUUUUGAAGAGUUGGAAUCAUGGCAUCUUCGUCAACGUUCCAAACUUCUUCAACUUAAGUAUGAAAAGGGGAUGCAGGGAAUCUUUCAAGAUCUCAAGGCGCCGACACGAGACAAGCUUGAUCUGCUUGUUGAUCGGCGUCAUUUUGCCGUUUUGGCUGUGGAUGAGGUGGAGAAUCAGCUGCACCUUGACGCUGAAAUCCUGACUGGAGGUUUUAGCAAAUGGACUUAUGAAGACCAGGAGAUCCACCCACAGCAGAUCAAUGAGGUUGUUUUGCACCUUGCUGAUGUUUCCUCCUUCACUCAUGGUGAUGUUUUGGUGCAGCAUAGAACCUUCUCAGACACUCAUGACCUUCACAGGGAGUUACUAGAUUACUGGCGUCCUACUUGGUGUGCGCUGGCAACCAUCCAACCAGACACAUGGAAACGAGUCAUGGACUUUUUCAAAGCUCAUGUGCCGCAGUUUCAUUUUGGUUUGGCUCCCAUCACUGAGACCCAAUGGCGCAGGGCUCUUCGCAGAUACAAAUCUACUGCCGCUCGUGGAGUUGAUGGGCUGUCACAUGUUGACCUUUUGGCGCUUCCUUCAUCAUGGACUUUGCGGCUUUUGUCAUUUCUCCACGCCAUCGAGCAAGGGGAGAUGGAAUGGCCUGUUGCAGUGCUCUAUGGAGUGGUGAGUGUUCUUGCCAAAGACCCUGGGGCUCAAACAGUCAGCCGCUUUAGGCCAAUAGUCAUUUUCAGCAUCAUCUACCGUACUUGGGCCAGUUUGAGAUCGAAGCAGCUCUUGCGUUUGCUGGCACCUCACAUGGAUGUUGAAGCAUACGGUUUCAUGCCUGGCUGCGAACCAUCACAGCUAUGGUUGGUGUUGCAGGCCGAGAUCGAGUGCGCUUUGCAGUCUGGAGAAGCCAAAUCAGGCUUGAGCACGGAUUUGACUCGUGCUUUCAAUUUUAUACCGCGCCAGCAUACGUUUGCUCUAGCACUGCAUCUAGGAGUUCCACUUCAAAUCGUGCAUCCCUGGCGCAGCUUCCUGGCCAGCUGCACUCGUGCGUUUGAAGUGCGUGGCACUUUGAGCCUCAGCACAACCUCCACUUGCGGAUUGCCUGAGGGCGACGCCCUCAGCGUGUUUGGGAUGACACAGCUGUGCUUUGCUUGGCACCUUUACAUGAGGGCCUACUGUCCAGCAAUUCGUUCAUUGAGUUUCGUGGACAACUUGGGCUUGGUGGCGGCCAUUCCCAGUUUGCUUGUGCAAGGCCUCAUUUGCCUUCGGGAGUUUUUCCGGCUGUGGAAUCUUCAAUUGGAUUCAGCCAAGUCGUACUGCUGGGCGCUACACGAUGCUGACAGGCGUCAACUGGCUGUGAUACCUUUCCAGCGUGUUGAGCACGCGCAUGAAUUGGGUGGGGUGUUAUCCUUCACCCGCCGAAGAUUCACUGGUUUGCAACAGAAACGGAUCAGCUCUCUCUCAGUCAAGUGGAAGCGACUUAUGAGUAGUCGAGCACCACUUCGACAGAAGUUGCAAGUGCUGCCUAGCGUUUUUUGGUCUUCAGCUUUGUAUGGUAUCAAUGGCUCCUGCCUUGGGGAGCAUCACAUCGAUGAUCUUCGGAAACAAGCAGUACGUGCUCUGCGUCUGAACGGUGCCGGCUCCAACAGCCUUUUGCGGCUUUCGCUCUGCGGCACUCCUUGCGCUGAUCCUGGCUUUUGGAGACUGCGUAUGACUGUCAGAGCUCUCCAGCGUUUGUUGCGCAAGAUACCAACCUACAUUGGUUUGAGUGCCCUCGUUUUGCUGCUGUUCGAGCGUCGCUUGAGCGAUGGCAAGAACACCAUGCAACGACCUUUUCGUAUCGCUGCAUGGGGUGCUUUGAACGCAACCACUGGAAAUCUCUUGGCGAUGGGACACGUCACAGGGCUGAGUCAGACCAGCGACCGAGCUGAGCUGAUGGCUGUGGUGGGAGCACUUGAAUGGCAAACCUUAUUUGAGGUGACGAUGCACCUUUGGACAGACUCGAAGUUUGUAGCAGAUGGACUUCUUUUCAUCCUCCAGCAUGGGGCUGCUGGGGCCUGGUCACAUGGUGACCUUUGGGAGAGAAUCGAACAUUUGCUGCAUGAGAACGGACAGAACGAGUUGGUGCCACACUGGGUGCCUAGUCACUUAGAUGAGAUGAAGCUCACCUGUGCCUUCGAGGACUGGGUGAAGUUGUGGAAUGAUCGCAUAGACACGGCUGUAGGUAGACACAAUCUGCUCAGAUCUGAUGGCUUUUUCAGUUGA